CUGCUGCGCGGCGGUCGCAGGCAGCUCCUAUGAGGCCCGUGUCGCCGGUCGGCGAUGUCCGGCUGGAGCUGUCGCCGCCGCCGCCGCCGCCGCUGUCGGCUGUGAGCGGGUCUCCGGUCGCAUCGUCCGGGCGUCUCAUGGCCGCUAGCAACGCUCUGGUCCCCGACAGGCUGCGCCUGCCGCUCUGCUUCUUCGGUGUCUUCGUCUGCUACUUCUACUAUGGGAUCCUGCAGGAAAAGAUAACAAGAGGAAAAUAUGGGGAGGGAGCCAAGCAGGAGAAGUUCACUUUUGCCUUAACUUUGGUCUUCAUCCAAUGUGUGAUCAAUGCUGUAUUUGCCAAGAUCUUGAUCCAGUUGUUUGACACUGCCAGGGUGGAUCGCACGCGGAGCUGGCUCUAUGCUGCCUGUUCUGUCUCCUAUCUGGGUGCCAUGGUCUCCAGCAACUCAGCACUGCAGUUUGUCAACUACCCAACUCAGGUCCUUGGUAAAUCCUGCAAGCCAAUCCCAGUCAUGCUCCUUGGAGUGACCCUCUUGAAGAAGAAGUACCCAAUGGCCAAGUACAUGUGUGUGUUGCUCAUCGUGGCUGGAGUGGCUCUUUUCAUGUACAAGCCCAAGAAAGUAGCUGGGAUGGAGGAACACGCCAUUGGCUAUGGAGAGCUGCUCCUGCUUCUCUCUCUGACUCUGGAUGGACUGACCGGCGUUUCCCAGGACCACAUGCGGGCACAUUACCAAACUGGUUCCAACCACAUGAUGCUGAACAUCAACCUUUGGUCGACGUUGCUGCUGGGUGCUGGAAUCCUCUUCACUGGGGAGUUCUGGGAGUUCUUGAGCUUCGCUGAAAGGUACCCUUCCAUCAUCUACAACAUCCUGCUCUUUGGCCUGACCAGCGCCCUGGGACAGAGUUUCAUCUUCAUGACUGUUGUGUAUUUCGGCCCCCUGACCUGCUCCAUCAUCACCACCACACGGAAGUUCUUCACCAUUCUGGCCUCUGUGAUCCUUUUUGCCAACCCCAUCAGCUCCAUGCAGUGGGUGGGCACCGUGCUUGUGUUUCUGGGUCUCGGUCUUGAUGCCAAGUUUGGGAAAGGAUCCAAGAAGACAUCCCACUAGGAAGAGUCUGAGACUACCUCCACUCCAAGGAUAUUUAAGUUAUUAUCUCGAACAGUUACAUCUCUGGGGGGAAAUGGACACACUCGGAAUAAUGGACUGGGUUCCAGUCUUUUUCUUUUUUCUUUUUUCUUUUUUUUAAAGGAAGCACGAUUACAUAUUCUAAAACAACAACAGAAAACAAGAUAUUUGGAUUUUA